AGCGAUGGAAGCAGCUGCAGUGGAAGAGCAAGCAUGCGAUAACAAAUAUACUGUCAAACAAAAAAACCUUGAUGAAUGAAUGCAGUUGUCUUUGGUAAAAUUACACUAUUAUAGCUGCAUCGGGUUGCGGCAAAGUUGCUGUUGGUACAUUCGCUUCACCGAACUCUUGCUGCAGGAAGCCUGUUCUGUUGUCAGUGCUGCUGUUUCUUGCCGAAAAUCCCCGAAACAUUAGCCACAGCAGCAUUGAACAGACCGAAUACUCCGGUCAAAUCAAAUCAUAGGGUGUGACUCCUGCUUUGGAGCAUGAGCGCAGAGGCCGGGGCGAGUGCGGGCGUCCUGCUAUGAUGCACGCUCUGGGCUGCAGGAUGAACCUGGCGGCGGUUCUGAACGGGCUGUUGGUGUCGGUGGUGGCGGCUCUGCUGUGGAAGUACGUGAAGCUGAGCGAGCACAACGCCCUGCUGGAGGAGGAGCUGCUGCUGACGCGCCAGUCCCAGGAGCUGUCGCAGGUACGCAUUGACUACCACGCCGCCCUGCAGGAGCUCCAGCAGCACGGGACCCGCAUGGUCUGCACGGGCAAGAUGCACACGGACCGCGUCUGCCGCUUCGACUACCUGUGCUAUUCCACCGAGGCUGAGGAGUUUGUUUUCUUCCACAGCAACGCUUCGGUCAUGCUCCCCAACCUGGGCCCGCGCCGCUUCCAGCCGGCAUUGCUGGACCUCUCCUCUGUGGAGGACCACAACACCCAGUACUUCAACUUCCUGGAGCUGCCCGCUGCCGCCCUCAAAUUCAUGCCCAAGCCUGUGUUUGUACCCGACGUUGCGCUCAUUCUUAACCGCUUCAACCCCGAUAACCUCAUGCACGUCUUUCACGAUGACUUGUUGCCCAUAUUCUACACCAUGGGCCAGUACUCGGACCUGGAUGAAGAGGCCCGGCUGGUCUUCAUGGAGGGCUGGAGUGAGGGCCCCCACUUCCAGCUCUACCGCCAGCUGAGCAGUAAACAGCCGCUGCUUAAGGAGCAGCUGAGGAACUUUGGCAAGCUCCUGUGCUUCACCAAGUCCUAUGUGGGUCUAUCCAAAAUGACCACCUGGUACCAGUACGGCUUCGUCCAGCCUCAGGGCCCCAAGGCAAACAUACUUGUGUCGGGAAACGAGAUCAGGCAGUUUUCUGCAUUCCUGGCAGAGAAGCUGAAUGUGACAGUGGGGGAGCCGGUAGAGAAGAUGGACGAGUAUAUUGUGGUCUUCAGCCGCUCACUUAACAGGCUGAUCCUGAACGAGGCAGAGCUGAUCCUGGCGCUAGCGCAGGAGUUCCAGAUGAAGGUUGUCACGGUCUCCCUGGAGGAACAGUCCUUUGCAGACAUCAUUCGAGCCCUCAGCAGAGCGUCUAUGCUGGUCAGUAUGCAUGGGGCCCAGUUGGUCUGCUCUCUCUUCCUCCCUCGUGGCGCCGCUGUGGUGGAACUCUUCCCAUAUGGCGUCAACCCAGAGCACUAUGCUCCAUACAGGACACUGACCUCGCUACCAGGCAUGGACCUGCAGUACGUGGCCUGGAGGAACACCAAGGAGGAGAACUCUGUGACCUUCCCUGAGCGUGCCUGGGACCAGGGCGGCAUUGCUCACUUGGAGAAGGAGGAGCAGGAACGCAUCCUUAAGAGCAAGGAGGUGCCACGUCACCUGUGCUGUCGGAACCCGGAGUGGCUCUUCCGUAUCUAUCAGGACACCCAGGUGGACAUCGCAUCCCUACUCGAUGCCCUGCGCCAGGGACUGACCUCCAAGCCAGGGCCCAAGAAGGCUAGGCCCAGCAGCACAGUCCAUCCAGGCAGGGUGAGGGAGCCCAAGUGCCAGACCUCCGUCCAGGCCACCAACGAGGCCAAGCUGACCGUGUCCUGGCAGAUCCCCUGGAACCUCAAGUACCUGAAGGUGAGGGAGGUGAAGUAUGAGGUAUGGAUUCAGGAACAGGGGGAGAACACCUACAUGCCUUAUAUCUUACCACACCAGAACUACACUUUCUCCGAGAACAUCAAACCAUUCACCACCUACCUGGUGUGGGUCCGCUGCAUCUUCAACAAAACCCUACUGGGCCCCUUCGCAGAUGUCCUCAUGUGCAAAACCUGAUGCCGGUUGGUCUGCAGGGUUAAGAAAAACGCCACUAAUUUGAGCUCUGUCCAGACAGCCAGACACUGCUGAAGUUUGCUCUCAAAAUGUAUUUUCCAUCUGUUGGUACUGUCGCCUCAGUAGUUCUGUAUGAUCAGAAGAAGCUGGCCCACUGUUGCCAAGGUCCUGACUUGUUCUGUGAUGUGUUUGGUGCCUGUGAGAUGGAGGUCAUGGCUUUCUCUCCAGAGGGUGGUGAAACACAAGGUGAAAUGUAAAUUAGCUGCUGGGAGUUUUAUGGAAAUAUAUAGAGCAGACUGGAAAAGCUAAAAGAAAAAAGGAACUGUUUAAGAUUCUGAACCCGAAGGCACUGCUGUAGUUAGUGGCAUAUGAUUCUUUAGAAUAAGUGCUAUUUAGUCUACACAUCUUUUCAGGGGGUACAACUUGUUUUACAAAAUAAUUAUUUAUAAGCGAGAGGAAAUACAUGCAUUGUUUUUCAUUCAUAUUUAUUAGUCCAGGACACUGAAUACUUUUUUGUUUGCCUAUUUUAACAGUGAAUUGUGUUCGUAAAUAAUGUAUUUUCUUUUUGUAAGUUGUCCAUUCAAGGCAGGUUGUAUAGUUAUAAUUCUAGAUCUCAUACUUUUGUCCAGGCUGAUUUAUUGAACUGAUUGAAUGAUUUGAUGGUAAACUAGAAUUGUACGUGUCUGUAUUGUACCUUAUCCAUAGGUUUUGCUGUAUUGUUUUUGCAAUAUGCAGUUGCUGUGUACAGUUUUGUCAUACCCGUUUCAUUAGUUAUUUAAUGUUCAUUUUUUUGUAUAAUGUAGCCAAAACCAUGAAACCAAAGUACAUUUAAUGUUUGUUGAUUCUAAAGUUUGUGUGUGUCUGUGUUUUUAAUUGUGUAAUUUUUGGACACUCGUACAAUAUGUGAUUUUGUGAAAAUUAUUCUGGAUAACAUGAUUGAUUUAGCUCAGUGUUCAGACCACAGUCCUCAUGUAAAAUGUACAUCAUGACUUCAAGGUUAUUCUGUGAGAAUGACAAUGGCAGUGCUCUGAAAUUUGCGUGUUUGCCCAUUGAAGAAAGGAGCAAAUGUCAGUACUGUUUUACAAGAUGUAGAUGAGAACAUUUAUAACCCGUCGAUGCUGCAGUGUUUUUUGUAGCACCCAUACCUGGAGACGAAAGUGUAAAUGGUUGUGUGAUCAGAGGAGCUGGGUUCUGUCAGGACACCUGCCAUGUUGUGAAAUAGGCAGUUGACAGACAGAAUCCUGACUUUUUAUCUCAGCUUGACUGAAGAACAAGCUUUACACGUACUGAAGAAGUGCUUUAUGCAGUAAUAGCAGCUUUGACUUGUACAAACCUUACCCACCAUUGUAAAAAUACUGUGAGUCAGUGAGUUCAAGUCAAUGAGUCACACAUUUUAGCUCUGUAUUUAUUUUGCCUAGCAAGCCUGCAUUCAUAAGGUUUUUGCAUGAUAAGAUAAGAUUCAUACUAACACUCUAUGGCCAUUAUAAUACUGUGCACAUCAUCUAUGCACUAAUGAGAGAUUACCCUGCUAUUCAAUAAUGAGAAUAGUUUUUCUGAUAUUUACCAUAAAACAAGUAAUAUUUCAUAUUUGUGACAGAACUGGGAUUUUUUUAACAAAAAAGUACUUUAAUUUUAUUUUUAUUGUUGUGGGUUUUUUUUUUCAAUUCAUGAAAGAAAAACCACAAUUUUUUCAUAUAUACCAGAUAGUUGUCCCCCCAUUGAAAUGCAGAAAUAGCCCAGAACAUAAUUUUCUCAUUAAUAUUGAUAUUAAUAUUCAUGGUUGCUAUUAUCAUUCCAUGCAGGUGUGACUAUGCUUAAGCCAGUAUAUAAUUACCCCUCUGGUUUCUGUGUGGCAACUGGUUAAGAAUGGCAACUGUAUCACUUUAAUUCCCUGAACUAAACUUUGAUGAUAUCGGAUUCUAAUGUUGAUCAGAGCAGCUUACAGUUUAUACUGCAGAAAGAUCUGAAUUCUAGGCAGUUCCCCACUGUAUUCAUUUGUCUGUGAAUGCCAUUGGGGCAUCUGGAAUUAGUUCUUGGUCCAAAUGUGGCAUGUUGUUUAUUGCCAAAGCAUCUGAUGAACCAGUGCCAUCAGUUUUCUCUCCAUAAUUAGGACCAUUGCUCAUAUUCACUUCAAAUGCAACAGUAAAACAAAGUUUUUCAGACUCAAAUAAAUGACCUUGAUGUUUACUCUGCUUUUGUCAGUGGAAGAUAUAAAUCUAUCUGCAUAACUCAAGAUAAAUAACUGAUGUUGUUUCCUCAGAGUGCAAACAGAAAGCCCAGACAAGGAUGCACUGUGUUGGAUGAUAGCCAGGCCCUAAGAUGUUUUUGUUGUUUUGUUUUCUCUGAUCUAUGUAUUGAGAAAAACCUGGUCCCAGUUGCUGUACUUUUUAAUUUAAAAUAUUUGUUUCUGUUUCUGGUGUAGCAGUGGCGUGUGAUGGAUGCAGUAUCAGAGCUCUUGGCUCAACCCAACACUGUUGUAUUUCAUGUGGAACAGUAGUGUAGAGGUGUCCCCCUUCAGUGAGGAAAUAUAUUUGCUACAAUUAAGUAUUAACUACUGUAUAACUUGAAAAGCUACUGCAUUUGUGUUUGUCAUUAUAAAAAAACAAUGAAUAUAUUAUAAACUAAGUUUUAAUUAUUUAAUAAAACAAAUUUCUGUUAACACACUGUACUGCAGCUCUUCACAUGUUUCUAGAUGGUCACGUUCUUAUUUCAUUUUUACAUUUGUUUUUGAAUGAAUAACAAAACUAAAUGUGGCUCUUAUAUGAUGAAGGGAUAUACAGGUACAUUGGAUGAAAUGCGCAGAAGACACAGUGUUGUAUUUGUGCAUGAAUCAGAUCUGUUUCAUCUGUUAAUUAGCUCUUUCUAUCAAUAUCAUAGAGAGAGCAGGCUGUGACUGUGAGGAAAUUUUAAUUGGUUGAGUAUAUAAUAUAUAUGUAACUUGUGUUCAGUGAGGGAGGAUAUAUAAACAGUCAAAACACUUCUGUUAAAGCAGUUUUUCCCUCAGUAUGGAACAUAAAUUAAAGAACUCAAAGCACUUGCUUGAGUUGCCUCAAA